AUGGCCAAUCAUCCGUUAAAAGAAAAGGCCGAGUUGUACCAGGACAUACCUAAUGAGACAUAUGAAGCAAACGUCGUCUCUAGAGAACAAGUAUGGCAAUUGUACUUCGAUGGUGCAGCAAUGACAAGUUCUACUGGUCGGGUUAUAGCUGGAGUGGGGGUUGUCUUUAUCUCUUCCCAAAACCAUAUACUCCCACGCGCCGUUUCUUUAACAGAACCGUGUUCUAACAAUAUGGCGGAAUACAAUGCUUUGUUGGUUGGCUUGGAUAUAGCCAAGCAGUUGGGGGUGAAACACUUAGAAGCAUACGGUGAUUCUCAACUCAUUGUUAAUCAAAUGAAAGGAGAAUAUGAGGUUAGGAAUGAAGACCUCAUUCCUUACCAUGCCGCAGCAAUCGCAUUGGCCGAUUCCUUUGAGGGCUUUUACAUUGACCAUGUACCCCGUCUCAAGAAUCCCUAUGCUGAUGCAUUAGCGUCACUUGCGGCUACCUUAGCAAUACCUGAAGGAACUACCCAGCAGGUCACAGUGACAAGCAGACAAUUAUUCAAAUCAAAGUAUGCACUACAGAUCAAUACAGUUGAAGCGGAACCUUCAACACUCGAACCUAAAGAUUGGCGGUUUCCGAUCAUUGAUUAUGUCUUAUACGGGUUAUUGCCUGAAGACAUCAAAGAAAGAGAAUCUAUUCCUAGACGAGCACCUAGAUUCUACUAUGAUUCUCAAUCUCAGACUUUGUAUCGGAAGUCGUACGAUGGACUUUUGCUUCGCUAUUUAUCAAAUAAAGAAGCAAAAGAAGCCCUUAAAGAGGCUCAUGGUGGUAUUUGUGGAGCUCAUCAACCUGGUCCUAAGUUGUGGGACCGAUUACGCAGAUUGGGUUAUUAUUGGCCUAGCAUGGUACAAGAUGCUGUCGCUUAUGCCAAAUGA